CUGCGUUCGUCUGCUACAAUGAUUUUUAAGAUAAUAUUCGUGGCGUUUAUCGUUGCUGGAACUCACGCGUCGCGGUCUCCAGCAGAAAUCCGGCAAUGGCUGCUGAGCCAAGCCCUGGACUGCACCAAGAGUAACUUCGUGAGCGCUAAGGAACUGCAGAUGUUGAUGAGUCUCCAUCUGCCUAACACGAAAAGCUCUAACUGCUUUAUAGCGUGCGUCUAUAAGAAGGUGGUAUGGAUGGAUGAAAAAGGACAAUAUAAUGUAGAAACGGCCAAAAAAAUGGCGGACAGAGAUUACGCAGACGACCCGACUAAGAUGGAGAAUGCUAAAAAAAUAUUUGAAUUGUGUAAAACAGUGAACGACGAGGCAGUGUCCGACGGGGAGGCUGGUUGCGAACGAGCUCACAACUUGGCUAAGUGCUUCCUUGACAACGCUCCUAAGCUGGGCUUCGAUUUGUCAAAAAUGCAAUAAGAAGAAAACACGCUUAGCUCCACAUAAUAAAUUAUACAAUAAGUUCUUGAUUAAAUAAAACAUUCAUAAU